AUGGCUGGAAACAUUCGAGACCUGACUGCCGAAAUCACGGCACUGUCAGACAGCUUCACGAAGUCGCUGGCUGAGCAGCAAAUCGCGGAGCCAACCUUCAAGUCUGACAGUCCAGUAAGCUAUGAGAAUCUCAGCACCGAGCUGUUUCUGCACCGACAGAAGCUUCUCGACAAAAUCACGGAUCUGUGGUACCUGGUGCAAGGGCCAAGUGAGAGCAUUUUCAACCAUGUCCACACAUGUGUCCCGGAUAUCAUGGCACUUAAUCUCAUGAAUCACUUCAACUUCUGGUCGGCCGUUCCCUUGGAUGGUUCUUCAUCGGUGAAGGGUAUCGCAGAUCACACGCGGCUGCCGGAGGAGGUAGUAAUUCGUGUCCUCAAACAUGCCACCACUUUGCGGCUCUUUGCACCAGAGGGUGAUUUCGAUGUGACACAGCAAGUCUCACACUCCUCUCGAUCAGCUGCUCUCGCCAAAUCUUCGGGACUUCGUGCGCUUGUCUCUACGAUCAUUGACGAUGCAGGAGCACCAAUGUUGGCCAUGAAUCGAGCACUGGAGCUUCACUCUCGCGGCAAACCUACCCUGACAAAGGAGAUUAGCGAAACUGCGUUUGCUUUAUACCAGAAAGGCGGCUGUACUGGCAACUAUGAGACCUCCUGGGACUUCAUCGAAAACGACGGCGAAGGAGAACAAAAAGGCUGGCGCCAGAGGAACUUUGUCGAGUUUAUGCGCUACAUCAAAGACAUUUUCCACUUGGAGUCUACGCUGGCCGAGUCAUUUGACUGGAACGCCCUGGGUGAUGCCACCAUUGUUGACCUUGGUGGCUCCGGUGGCCAUGACUCGUUCUCCCUAGCGCAACGUUUCCCAAGCCUGAACAUCAUCGUCGAGGACCUCCCGCAUGCAGAAUCAGCCUUCGAUCAGCACUGCCCGGAUGCUCUCAAAAGUCGUGUUAGCUUUAGAGCUCACGACUUCUUCAACCCUCAGCCUGUUAAUGCUGACAUAUUCCUCAUCAAGCUCAUUCUCCACGAUUGGCCAGAUGAGGAAUGUGUAAAGAUCCUCAAGGCUCUCGUACCUGCACUGCGACCCGGCGCAAAGGUCUUCUUCUUGGAUUACGUCGGCCAUCAACAGGCAGCAGGUGGCAGUGUGAACACCCCGCGAUCGAUUCAGCAAAUGGGCACGGCCACAGAUUUGAGGAUGAUGGCUCUUUUCAACGCCGAGGAGCGCCCGGCGGAGGCAUGGAGAAACAUUUUCAAGGCAGCACACGAGAGCUUUGAUGUUGUGCGUCUGGAGGCCAAUCCCAUGACCUUUUUUGUUGCUAUUGAAGCAGUCUGGCGCGGCUAG